AUGAGUGGCUUUGCCAAACCUCCAGCUUCCGACGAGGCGCCAUGGAUUGGCCCUGAACAAAAUCAGCAGACCACGCAAUCGGAAAAGAAGCCUCAAUCCUUUGGCGAGCGUCUGAGGCACAAAGGACGGCAUUACUUGAAGAAAGCCCCGCGCUUUCUUCAUACGCAGAACAAACAACCGCUCUUGGCUCGUUGGAGGUCUAAUUCUGUCAAAGUCAAGACCGACGUUGAUUAUCAGUCACCACCACCACCAGACCCGCCAAUGAAUCUCGGAACUAUGGACGCGAAAACCGAGUACAACAUACAAUCACAAGGACCCCAGCCACUAUCAUGGCCUGUCUGGAGCCCACCGCUUCUCGAUCCCGAAGCGAAGAAUGCGAAAAACGAAUUACAAGCACCUUUCAUGUUUCCUGUGCAGCAACAGCAACAGCAGCAGCAACAACCAUGGCCUGCCUCGAUUCCACAGCCUGCAGCAGCAGCAGCAGACAACAUGUCCUCUUCUGAUGCCGAGGGCCAUAUCGUCAAGCCAUCAAAUCACCGCCGUUGGCUAAAGGGCUACACUACAUCGAGAAAAAGGGUCAAUUCGGCGCCGGCCCUUUCUCUUGGGCUAGGCGAUCUUACUGGGGUGGGUAGCCAGUACGAUGCUACCAACAGGCCAACAUCUGCGUUGCCUACAGGCCCAAAUCAAUAUACAGGGUAUCCCCAACUGAAUCAACACCAGAUCCCAACUUGGGAUACACAUGUCGCUGAGCUUGGAGAACAAGCCUCUUUACCGGAACCUAGUCCUUCCGAAAUAGACUUGACCCGAAGAUUGUCCAACGACACAGCUCAAGGUUAUAGCACUGCGACAGAGUCAAUCUUCACACGCCCAUCUUCAACCAUUUCAGCCGCUAGCACCUGGGAGUCGUCAAUCGGAAGGGCUAGCAGCUCGCCCUCACAAAGAAGGUCCUUGUUCAGGAGAACACUAUCCUCUUCUUCGUCGCUGAACUUUGUUCGUGAUUCCUCUAAUAGUAUUGGAGGCCACACUGUACCGCCUAUUCCGAUCCUCAGCCUGGAGAUGAGGAAACGACUUUCAUUGCCAUACCACAUGCCAGCUCAUCAGCAACUCACGGCCAAUCCUACUCCUACUGAUCUGAUUGCCGCCCGUGUGGCUUGCCAGGACUCCUCUUUGACUGUGUCAGACCAAGUAGCCUUGACAGGUUGGGUUGCACAGCAGCGUCGCAAUAAAAGCCCGCUAGCUAAUCAAGUGCAAGACGAAUCUUCACUUGACUUAUCCGAAACCCCUCUGCCCCUGUGUGAUGCUGAAUUGCACCCCGGGGGAGACCCAGACCCAGAACUGGCCACAAUCGAAGAGCGUCUGUCAGAAACUGGACUCUCUAACGACGACACCGUUUCCAUGGGACAGGGAUUCUCUGGCGAUCAUGUCACUACCGGCUCCCUUUCCGUUCCUCAUCAUCUCUCACCCAGACGAAAGAGCCAUUCUGUAGGGGCGUCAACUACAACCGAUAUGCGUUCCGCGAUGGCCUCCAAUAGAGACUUUAUGGAACAGGCUAAUACUCCCGCUUCAUCUGUGUCAGAUGUUGGAGAAGAAGUGGAAGAUGAUACCAGCGAAGCUGAUGAGUCUAUAUCCAAUGUCUCUCGAGAGACGGAUGAAUCUCUGGAGGAAGCUUUCCAUGCCACGUCACUCGAUCCUGCUCUGCUUGGCACCAUGACCGCUCUGAAAGAUCGGAUCACAACACUGGUAAUGGAACGCGUUUCUGAGUGGGUGACAACGUGCUCACCAGGACAAGAUUCUGGGCAAGGGACUACUGGACCUCCUGGCGACUCUGGUUUCCAUCAAAGUAACACAGGUCAAGAUAACAACACAAAGAAAAGAGGGCUCAACAAUGAUGACGAAGACGAACAAGCCAAUCAUGCAGGCAGAGGCAACGGGGACGACCAAGACAAGCGCCGAAAAACAGAAAGUCCGGCAACAAGAGUGUUAUCUAAUCUCGCUUGUCCAUUUGUAAAGGAGUAUCCCGGAGAGAAGUGGCCUAAAUGCCAGAAGGGCUGGCCCAGCGUCCACCGAAUCAAGGAACAUAUUUAUCGAGUUCACAAAGCUCCCAUUCACUGCAAAAGAUGCUUCACAGUUCUAAAAACGGAGAAGCUUCUUGAGCUUCAUCUCCGUCAAGACCCGGCUUGCGAAGUCCUUCGUCCGGCCCGAGAGAUGCCCGGCAUUGACGCUGAGACUAAGGAUCGUCUCAAAUCCCGACAAGGUAUUCAGCACAAUUCUGAGGAGGAAAAAUGGGCGCGCAUGUAUAAGAUCCUCUUUCCUCUGGUGCAACAAGUACCUUCACCUUACUGUGACUUGCAAACCCUAGAAGCUCCCAUGACAGCUGAGCAGCGAGCCCAAUAUCGGAGUUUUUUCCGACGGGAAAUACCCGUUCGUGUGAUCCGCGAUGUCAAUAAUAACAUGAUGGCAGACCCGCGGUUCAAUACCGAACUAUCUGAGCGCAGGAUUUAUGAGAUAGUACAUUCUGCAGUUUGGGAUGCCAUUGAUGCUGUGUUGCCGAAUCUGCCCCAGCUAGAGCCCCCGGAUAUCCCAUCAGAGCACACUGGAGUGUCAGAAAUUGCUGCUGAGCAUCAACAUCAAAGUUUACCACAGGUUUCACCCAGCACUCAGCCACAAACGAACCCUCCGGAUCAUGUCCAAGAACUACCCGAUGCGCCUGAUACCAUCCUGAGGAGUCGGGAACCAGAACCUCCGAAUGCAUACAUUAAUGAUCCAAACGCAGAGUUCUACAUGCUGAACCUUGCAAACCCAGCGAUAUUCGACCUCGAGUCGCUACCUGAUGGAUUCGAGAAUACUAGUAAUGAUUUUGACUUUGGACUUCCUUUCACCUUUUAA